AUGACAAUCAUAAAAUCACCAUAUCCAAGUAUCCAAAUACCUGUUGUUGAUUUACCGACCGGAUUAUUAUUGAACCCUUUGGGAUCAAAUCCGUCUAAGCGAAAUGAUAUCGCAAUGAUCCUACACGAGACUGGCGAGAAGCUGACGUAUGGAGAACUGGAGUCGAAUGUGUUGAAAUUAAGUGCUGGAUUGAAGAAUAUGGGUGUUCGCAGGGGAUGCGUCGUUCAGAUGUUUGGUGCGUCCGGACCAGAAUUCCCACAAAUCGUAUGGGCCACUUUGCAUUGUGGUGGUGUUAUAACGACCGCUAAUCCAGUGUACACUGCAGAUGAACUAGCAUACCAACUCAGUGACUCUCAACCAUCGUACAUCUUCACUACGCCCGACCUACUACCAACUGCGCUUAUAGCAGCUGCACAAGCAGGCAUCUCUGCAAAUUGUAUAUGCACAUACCAUGAACGCUGCACAGGUCAUAAAUUCUGGACUGAUUUAUUCGUUGAUGCGCAUGAUGCUCCAAGGAUAACUUGGACUGAAGAUGAUAUUAAGAGGAAGCCGGCAUUCAUUAUUUAUUCCAGUGGGACUACUGGCAAGCCAAAGGGAGUACUACUAAGUCACUAUAACGUAACGGCAAACAUCUCACAAUGGAAAUCACUGUAUCCCGUAUCGUCGAAAUAUCAGGUUGCGAUAUUUCCAAUGUAUCAUGCUGCUGGAUUGUUAGCCGUUCAGACAAUGCUAUCAGACGGAAACACACUAAUAGUAACACGCAAAUUCUCGUUCACGAGAUUGUGCCAGAUUAUUCAAGACUACAAGAUAACAGAGAUUGGUGCUUCUCCUCCUAUAAUAGUCAUGCUCGCCAAAUCCCCCCUCACAAAGGAAUACAACCUCUCAUCGCUGCGCUCAGUGAUCUCGGGUGCAGCUCCACUCUCACAAUCUCUCUCGCUCGAAGUCGGUCAAAAAUACAAUCUUACCAGCAAGUUCGUGGGUGAUCGAUGGGGACAAACAGAGCUUUCACGUACUGGAUUGAUUACUGCUGCACAUGUUAAACCGAAGCUGGGGAGCGUGGGCAUGGUAUUGCCUAACAGUGAAGCUAAACUUAUCGACGAGGAGGGUAGAGAGGUUGAUGGGCCUAACAAGCCGGGCGAGAUGUAUUAUCGGGGGCCGAAUGUUGCGAUUGGGUAUCUUAACAGGCCGGACGCGACAAGAGAAACAUUCUUAGAAGAUGGUUUCUUGAGGACUGGUGACCAAGCAAUUUACGAUGAGGAAGGCUACUUCUUCAUAGUUGAUAGACUGAAAGAUUUGAUUAAAGUCAAUGCCCUUCAAGUCGCACCAGCGGAAAUAGAAUCACACCUUCUAGCACACCCAGCAAUUGCGGACUGUGCCGUCAUACCAACACCAGAUGAUUUUUCAGGAGAACUACCACUCGCUUUCAUAGUCCUCAAAGACGCAUCCCUCCAAUCCGUGUCCCUUGCGCACGAAAUAAUGAAGUUUGUUGAUGAACGUGUGGCCAUUCACAAGAGGUUACGAGGAGGUAUAGUGUGGUGUGAUGAGGUACCGAAAAAUGCUAGUGGGAAGAUAUUGAGGAGGGUGCUGAGGGAUAUGAAGGGUGUUAGUGUUGUUGAGUAUUAUGGUGGAAGGAGUGGGAGGGUGGCUAAAUUGUAG